AUGUCAAAGCUUUCUCGACCGUACUUGCGGGACUUGCAGUUCCGUGGCGUCGUCGAAGGUCUCACAUAUCUUGACGAGAAGUCGGAUCCAUUGUGUCACUUCUUUGGUGGUGUCCCGUUCGGCCUUCCUCCAGUAGGACCAUUCCGUUUCCAGAAGCCGAGAUCGUUGCCAACAUGUUAUCGCUAUGGCACCAAAUCAAAUCCUGGCCGCUUUACGGGGAGUUGCGGUCUGUGUCCACAGGUCACAAGGCAGGGACUUGAUGAUCAUCUGUGGGAAGAAGACUGUCUACAAAGUAACAUCUGGGUUCCAACCGGAGAGCCGCCUGAAGGAGGAUGGCCGGUGUUGUUCUACAUCCAUGGCGGCUUCCUCCAGCUUGGCAAUCCCAAUGACAUGGACAUGCGGGCCUUCCUUAGCGACUCGCCAACACGAUGCAUAGUGGUAGCACCCGCUUAUCGACUCAACAUCUUUGGCUUCCUCUCUUCACCUGAGCUGCUCCAAGAAUGUCCUGACUUCAGUGUCAACCUAGGAUUCUGGGACCAGCGUCUUGCUCUGCAGUGGACAUGGGAAAAUAUCAGCUACUUCGCUGGCAACCCUUCCAACAUCACCAUCUCAGGGUACUCAGCUGGUGCACACUCUGUGUUUCAUCAACUGGCGUACGAUCUCGGUGUGCCCGACAAGAAAGCAAUAGUGAAGCGCGUACUCAUGCUAUCGAACGGACCAGGCGUGCAACCCAAGAGCCUUGAAGAAUCGCAAACCCAGUUCGAGGAGGUACUGACAGCUCUGAAAAUUCCGCCAUCUGCGCUUCCGUCAGAAAAACUCGCAAAGCUGCGCGCCCUCCCCGCCAAAGCUCUCAUCGAAGCCAGCACCAAGCUCAAACUCCACCAAUUCCGCGCCGUCACAGACGGCUCCUUCGUGCGCCACAACCUCAUCCAGGAGCUCUCCGAUGCAACAUUUGCACAGCGACUGAAGCAAAGAAACAUCAAGAUCAUGAUGGGCGAGUGCUCAGAAGAGCAUUUUCUGUACGGAACCUGGAAGCCACCGCAGCCCGGAUCCGACCCCUUGUUUCACCGUCUGGAAGCCGAUUACCCGCGAGCAGCUGUCGAGGUACUGAUGAAGCACUACUUCCCCGAUCAAAAGUUGGCGAAGAAGUUUAAGAGCUGGGGUGAGGCAUUUGGGCAUAUCUACGCGGAUGUGCAGAUCCAUGCGCUCGAGCGUGGAAUGGCUGAUGCGUUGGUAAAGCAUGGCGCUGGAAGUCUUCUACACCGGUAUCGCAUCGAGUGGCGUGCAAAGUGUGUGGACAGGAAGAUACCUAGGAAGUUUGGGCCGACGCAUACUUCGGAUCUCCCCAUUUGGUUCUGGGGAAACGGUGAUGCGUUGACGAGGGUUGAGAAGAAGAUCAUCACCGAGGCAUUCCAGAAGCCUUUGGCUCAGUUCUUGUAUGGUGAGUCGGUUUCUUGGGGUACCGAACACCACACGCAGAUCAGGACGCUCAAAGAAGAUGGGCGUGUGGUCAUCGAGGACGACGAAAGUAGAUUACGAGAAGCCCUGGAGCUCUGGAACGCGUUGAGCAGAGUCAGCACGCCUCGACGACCACGGGAGUCAAAGCUGUGA